UACAUGGGAAUUUUGCUCGUAAUCAUUUGCACUCUCUGCGGUUAGAUCAACUGGAACUUCUGGAAGCUGAGCUAGUCCGUCUAAAAUGAGCUCAUCUAUGCCAUCCUCUUCUUCUUCCUCAUCCUCUUCUUCUUCCUCAUCCUCUUCAUUACCAUCAUCUUGUUCUUGUCCAUUUUCUUCCUGGCUAAUUUCUUCCAGCUUAUCAUCAAAUUCGUUCUCAGAGAUGCCCUUCCACUCUCCAGAGGCUUUGCUGAAGUGGAGGUUUUCACGAUCUGCUCCUUGCCUGAGUUGCAAGCGGAGAAGAACAACUUCUCCUUUGUGGUAUAAAUCGACAGUUAUACAUUUGACCUCUUUGGGUGCUUGCCAGAUUUCAUUUUCUUCUUCCGUAACUUUGAUGAAGAAUCUACUCCCCUUUGGGAUGAAUGACUUGUACUUUACUCCAUCUUCUUCUCCUUGAUCUACUGUGAUGUUUGAAUCGACCUGCGCGAGAUCCAGCACAAGCUCGGAGGCCGCGGGUGCAGCAACAACUGCGACUACACUCUGACUACAGAGCAAGUGCAAAAAUAUAGAGGAAAUGACUACUGUGAUUCUCAUCCCUCCAAAGUCCUAGAAAGCCGGAGGAAGAAACGAUAACUCAAAGUUCAUGGGGUCCAGGAAUGAAGAUUUAGAGAAGUUAAUUCAUAUAUUACAAGUACGAUUACAGGCUUAAAUUUACCAAAAACAUGAUGGAAAUUGCUGGUUCAAUGUUACAU